GGGUGAAAAUGGCGCCCAGCUCGAAAUCGGAGCGGAACAGCGGGGCCGGGAGUGGCGGCGGCGGCCCCGGGGGCGCCGGUGGAAAGCGGGCAGCGGGACGGCGGCGGGAGCACGUCCUCAAGCAGCUGGAGCGGGUCAAGAUCAGUGGCCAGCUCUCCCCUCGCCUCUUCCGGAAGCUGCCCCCUAGGGUCUGCGUCUCCCUCAAGAGCAUCGUGGAUGAGGACUUCCUCUAUGCUGGACACAUCUUCUUAGGCUUCUCCAAGUGUGGCCGCUACGUGCUGUCCUACACCAGCAGCAGUGGGGAUGACGACUUCUCCUUCUACAUCUAUCACCUCUACUGGUGGGAGUUCAACGUGCACAGCAAGCUCAAGCUGGUGCGGCAGGUGCGGCUCUUCCAGGACGAGGAAAUCUAUAGCGACCUGUACCUGACCGUGUGCGAGUGGCCCAGCGAUGCCUCCAAGGUCAUCGUCUUCGGCUUUAACACCCGCUCUGCCAACGGGAUGCUCAUGAACAUGAUGAUGAUGAGUGACGAGAACCACCGUGACAUCUACAUCAGCACAGUGGCCGUGCCGCCACCUGGCCACUGUGCUGCCUGCCGAGAAGCCAGCCGCUUGCACCCAGGAGAGCCCGGUGCGCAGUGCCUGCGGCACGGCUUCAUGCUGCACACCAAGUACCAGGUGGUGUAUCCCUUCCCGACCUUCCAGCCUGCCUUCCAGCUCAAGAAGGACCAGGUGGUGCUGCUCAACACCAGCUACUCCCUGGUGGCCUGCGCCGUCUCCGUGCACUCUGCAGGUGAUAGCAGCUUCUGCCAGAUCCUGUAUCAUCACACCAUUCCCUCUGCCCCCACCCCUCCCAGCCCCCCAGGGCCCCCCAGCCCACAGGCACCUCCCACCCUCCCUAGCCUCAGUCCCGAGGAAGCCGCACCCCGGCCUCCUGGGGAUCCUGAGCCCUCGCCCGCCAUCGCCAAAGCCAAGGAAUUUGUGGCUGACAUCUUCCGGCGAGCCAAAGAGGCCAAGGGCAGUGCCUCCGAGGACGCCCGGCCGCUUCCCUGCCCUGAGCCCUCCAGCAGCCGCUGCCGAGGGGCCGCAGAGCCCCUGGGCCCAGCGGGGGAGGCGGUGCCUCGGGACAGCUCCCCUGCCACCCAGCCAGGCACCCCAGAACCUGGCUACAUCAACUACACGAAGCUCUACUACGUGCUAGGCUCAGGGGAGGGGACCGAGCCUGAGGAAGAGCUGGAGGACGACAAGAUCUCCCUGCCCUUUGUGGUCACGGACCUCCGGGGCCGCAGUCUGAGGCCCAUGCGGGAGCGGGCCACCAUGCAGGGCCAGUACCUGACGGUGGAGCAACUGACGCUGGACUUUGAGUAUGUCAUCAACGAAGUCAUCCGGCACGACGCCACGUGGGGCCACCAGUUCUGCUCCUUCAGCGAUUAUGACAUCGUCAUCCUAGAGGUGUGCCCGGAAACCAACCAGGUCCUCAUCAACAUUGGCCUGCUGCUCCUGGCCUUCCCGUCCCCCACCGAGGAGGGCCAGCUUCGACCGAAGACCUAUCACACCAGCCUGAAGGUGGCCUGGGACCUUAACACCGGCGUCUUCGUCACUGUCAAUGUGGGGGACCUCACAGAGGUCAAAGGGCAGACCAGUGGUAGUGUGUGGAGCUCGUACCGCAAGAGCUGCGUGGACAUGGUGAUGAAGUGGCUGGUGCCCGAGAGCAGCGGGCGCUACGUCAACAGGAUGACCAAUGAGGCCCUGCACAAAGGGUGCUCGCUCAAGGUGCUGGCCGACAGCGAGCGGUACACGUGGAUCGUGCUGUGAGCGCCGGCCGCCAGACACUGACUCGACUACCUCCGCGGCCGGGAGCCGCCUCCGGCCUCUUCCCUGCCACCGGCCGGCCCGAGGGUGCGGGGAGGACUGGGCAGGGCAGCCCCCGCCUCGGGGUGCCAGGCGGGGUGCUUCUUAUUUAUGCCUAUUUAAGUUGGGAAGGGGCAGGGGAGCCACUGCCCAUGCACCCCUCAGGGCCCCUGGGCUCCAGGAAAGGACUGACCUCCCCGCACCCAGGCCUCGGCAGAGGCGGCAAACCUUGGGCACCCCCGUCUGCACCUCGGUGC